AUGCUCCUCCUUCCUACCCUCCUAGCUCUGGGACUUCUCGGCUCAGUCGACGCCGCCGCAUCCUCGGGCUGCGGCAAGCAUCCCACUCUCACCAAUGGAGUCCACAACAUCAAUGGCCGCCAGUACAUCCUGAAAAUCCCUGAUAACUACGAUCCAAACAAACCACACCAUCUCGUUUUUGGCCUCCAUUGGAGAGGCGGAAACAUGUACUCUGUCGUCAACGGCGAUAGCAUUCAACCCUGGUAUGGUCUCGAAAGCCGAGCUCAGGGCAGUGCAAUCCUGGUAGCUCCCAACGGCAAGAACGCUGGCUGGGCCAACACUAAUGGCGAAGAUGUGGCCCUCAUCGACGCCAUCAUCCAGCAAGUCGAGGGUGACCUUUGUGUGGACCAGAGCUCUCGCUUCGCGACUGGUUUCAGUUGGGGCGGUGGGAUGAGUUAUGCGCUUGCUUGUUCUCGGGCGAAGGAGUUCAAGGCUGUGAGCGUGUUGAGUGGUGGUGUGAUUAGCGGAUGUGAUGGGGGCCACGAUCCUAUCGCCUAUUUGGGUAUUCAUGGGAUCAAUGAUGGAGUUCUGCCAUUCGACGGGGGUGUGAGUCUAGCCAAUAAGUUUGUUGGGAACAACAAGUGCCAGCCAGCAAACAUCGGCAAGACUUGGUCUGGAAGUGGCAGUUCCGUUCGAACGGACUUCCACGGGUGCUCCAAGCCAGUUUCGUUUAUUUCAUACGACGGGGGACAUGUUGGUGCGCCCUUGGGCGUUCAGAGUUCUCUGGCUCCGGAUGCAACCUGGCAGUUUUUCAUGGCCGCUUGA